ACAGUUUCGACGAUCACAGUUUUCGGUAGCCGGUCACGCGCGCCGUUGGCGUCUACAAAUAGAGAGUCGUUGGACGUGAGACAGUGUGCUUCGAGCGAGUCCUCUUCAUUCCAAACUCUUCUUCGUAUCUCUCUCUCACCACAGCUUGAGAAAUGGCGACAGAGACAUUUCUAUUUACCUCUGAAUCCGUCAACGAGGGUCACCCUGACAAGCUGUGCGACCAGAUCUCUGACGCAGUGCUUGAUGCCUGCCUUGAACAGGAUCCUGACAGCAAGGUUGCCUGCGAGACAUGCACCAAGACUAACAUGGUCAUGGUCUUUGGAGAGAUCACAACCAAGGCCAACGUAGACUACGAGAAAAUUGUCCGCAACACGUGCCGCAACAUUGGAUUUGUCUCCGACGAUGUGGGCCUUGAUGCAGACAAGUGCAAGGUGUUGGUCAACAUUGAGCAACAAAGCCCUGACAUUGCCCAAGGUGUGCAUGGGCACUUCACCAAGAACCCAGAGGAGAUUGGUGCAGGUGACCAGGGUCACAUGUUUGGUUACGCCACUGAUGAAACCCCUGAAUACAUGCCACUGAGCCAUGUCCUUGCAACAAAACUAGGAGCUCGCCUUACUGAGGUUAGAAAGAAUGGGACAUGCGCUUGGUUGAGACCAGAUGGUAAGACACAAGUGACUGUAGAGUAUUACAAUGAGAAUGGUGCCAUGGUUCCAGUUCGUGUCCACACUGUCCUCAUUUCCACUCAGCAUGAUGAGACUGUGACUAAUGAAAAAAUUGCUGCGGAUCUUAAGGAGCAUGUUAUCAAGCCUGUGAUUCCUGAGAAGUACUUGGAUAACAAGACCAUCUUCCACCUUAACCCUUCUGGGAGAUUUGUCAUUGGUGGUCCUCAUGGUGAUGCUGGUCUCACUGGGAGGAAGAUUAUCAUUGAUACUUAUGGUGGUUGGGGUGCACAUGGAGGUGGUGCCUUCUCAGGGAAAGACCCUACUAAGGUUGAUAGAAGUGGUGCCUAUGUUGCGAGGCAGGCAGCAAAGAGUAUUGUAGCAAGUGGACUUGCCCGCAGGUGCAUUGUUCAGGUUUCUUAUGCCAUUGGUGUUCCUGAGCCUUUGUCUGUCUUUAUUGACACUUACGGAACUGGAAAGAUCCAUGACAGAGAAAUUCUCCAACUUGUGAAGGAGAAUUUUGACUUUAGACCUGGAAUGAUCACCAUUAACUUGGACCUUAAGAGGGGUGGUCAUAGGUUCCUCAAGACAGCUGCCUAUGGACACUUUGGAAGGGAGGACCCUGACUUCACCUGGGAAGUUGUGAAGCCACUCAAGUGGGAGAAGCCUCAAGCUUAAGGUUGUGGUUGUUUGAUGAGUGAGAGAAUUUUAAUCAUGCAGUAGAAUUUGGAUUAAAAUUUACUGUACCCCUUGCUUGAAUGUUUGCUAUUGGAGGGUGUAAUUUUUUACCCAUUGGAAAUAAAGUGUUUUGUUACACAUGAAUUUUUA